AUGAGCUCAGAACCUGUGAAGAAGCAUGGUCAUGCUGUUGCUUCUGGGAAAAAAAGCUCUAAGAGGAAGACAAAGAGAAAGGAAGCAUUUUCAGUCUAUGUGUACAAAGUACUGAAGCAGGUGCACCCCGACCUGGCCAUCUCCUCCAAGGCCAUGAGCAUCACGAACUCCUUUGUCAAUGACGUGUUGGAGCACCUGGCCACCGAGGCUCGCCUGGGCCGGCACAGUCAGCAGCUGCGGGUGCAGAUGGCCGUGUGGCUGCUGCCUGCCCGGCUCACUGUGUCCGAGGGCACCGAGGCCCUCACUGAGUACAGCAACCAGCUGAGAGCAGCCUGGGCCUGCUGCUUCCUCCUGCAGGAGACGUGUUGGGUCUUACUCAACUGA